AGAGAAGGGCACAGUAUACAAUUCUCCAUUGAGCCCAGUCUGAACUGCACAUCGCACUCUUUUGGUGCUGCAUCCUAAACAUGUCAGACACAGAAGAAGCCACAUAUGAGGGACAGCAAGAUGAGGAUAUUGUUGCGAAUGCUGCAGAGGAAAAUGAAGGAGAAGACUCAAAGCGCAAGUUAAAGCCUGGUUUUUUACCCAGCUUGGCACCUCCCAAAAUCCCAGAGGGAGAAAAAGUGGACUUUGAUGACAUUCACCGAAAGCGAAUGGAAAAGGAUCUGACGGAGCUUCAUGCUCUGAUUGAGGCUCACUUUGAGAAGCGUAAAAAGGAGGAAGAAGAGCUUAUUAGCCUCACAGAUCGCAUUGAGCAACGCAGGUCAGAGAGAGCAGAGCAGAUGAAGAUCAGGGCAGAGAAAGAGAGGGAACGACUGGCUAAAGUAGCUGAGGAGAAAGCAAGAAAAGAAGAUGAAGAGGCAAAGAAGAAAGCAGAUGAUGAUGCCAGGAAGAAGAUGAUUCUGUCCAACUUGAGUUUCACUGGAUACAAGACACAGAGUGGUCCAAAAAGACAAACGGAAAGAGAAAAGAAGAAGAAGAUCCUAAAUGAACGACGCAAAGAGUUAAACAUUGAUCAAAUGAGAGAGGACAAACUCAGAGAAAAAGCUAGCGAACUGUGGGACUGGGUGCGCCAGCUGGAGGCAGAGAAAUUUGAACUUCAAUAUAGACACGCAAAGCAGAAGUAUGAGGUCACUGUGCUGAGAAACCGGGUCAGUGAUCAUCAGAAAAUCUCAAAGGGCAGAACCAAGCGCGGCCUGAGGAAGUAACAUCUUACAUCAACCUGAUGAAUACUGGCACCAUCUGAGUCCCGUUCAAGUUAAGAGUAACAUAAACCGCAUUAUGAUGUUUUCUAAAUACAUGAAAGAACAAAUGACGAUUCCAAAAACAUCAUACGUUCUCUUAAAUAUGCUUUAUCUGUGAAACAAAGUGCAUGUUGAGUAUAUCUGCAGGAAUGUAGACAGUCAGAUUGCAGACUGAUCAGGCAGCUUUUGUUUGUGACAUUUAAUUGAUCUGAGGUGUGUAAACACAUGAUUAAUGUUAUCCGAAAUUAUAUGUCUGUCAUUUUUAGAGUAAUAACAGUGAGUUAUUUGUUGAGACUAAUUAAUUGGUUGUUGUGUAAACAAUUUUGUCCAACAAAUUAAAAAAAAAAAACUUUAACAACUCGGAAAUAGUGUCCUCUUUCUUUUAAGU